CUUUGAUAAUCGUUUGCUCCAAAUCUCUGAAAGGUUGUAUAGAAUUAGGUUACUUCACAAAGCAGGAUAUUCACUCCUUCUAGUUCUGACGAUGAACUGACACUGAUUUAUUGGAUCGGGUGAUGGGGACGAACAGCCAGAGCACCACCGUCAUGGAAACUGAAGAUGACUCCCAAGCUCCUGCUCAGUUUAGUAAUGACACUGCAGUGUGCAUUGCUUCUGUGAAAGGCUUAAAGGAGAACUGGCAGAAGUGGUCCAAAGAGCACCAGGAGUACCAGAAGCACAACCCCUUCAGUCAUGACACCAGGCCAAGUGUGGUGGUCCCUCAGAGGGGGCAGGACGACUACGGGAGGCCCCUGCAGGGCUCCAUGACAGAGCAGCGCGGGAAAGACGCUCACACACACAUCAGCAGAGAGGUUCAGGAGUUGUGUGAGGCGAUAAGGAACAUUGGAGAGCCUAGAGACAAAGAUGGGGUUGGAAGCGGGAGAUGUGGGAAAGUGAUCACUGUAGAAUUUGGGAAACUGUUUGAGCAUUAUGUGACUAUCUCUAAUAAACUGGUGGGGAUUCUUCUUCGAGCAAGGAAGCAGAGGCUGGUUGACUUUGAGGGGGAGAUGCUGUGGCAGGGGCAGGAUGACCAUGUAAUUAUCACUCUGUUGCAGUGAUCAGAAACUCAGAUUAGCGUUUAUGCCUUGAUUAAUGUUACAUGCAGUACAUGCAGCGACAGUAUAGAGCUACUUCAUGGCAGCACUCACUGUAGUAUCCAGAUACCAGGGGAAUUGCACUCAUUGUAAUAUAGCCAUGUAAGAAACUUAUAUGUCAAGAGGAAUAGAAUCAUGGCAGGAUAAAACAAAGACAAAUUUCAUGUAUUGCAUUGCAUUUUAAUGUAUUUACAUGUUGUCAUGUACCGGAUGUCACUGUGUUGCUAUACCACCCCUGGUCUAAAUAGCAGUGAGGAGAGAUAACAGCUAAGAUCUUAGCUGAACAAAUCGUGUUUGCUACGUUUCCUUCACCAGCUUUUUAAUGUGGGGAAAGUGGAGGAGUGAGCAGCUGAAAUGAAGUCAGAGUUGUUAAUGAGACUGAACUAAAGCCCAAGAGAACAUGACGCUGCCUGUGACAGACAAUAUGGUGCUAUAGGAUGAACAUGAUCUGACUUGGCUUCGAUGCUUCAGAGCAUGUAUUUAUUACAGGUGUGCUUUGUACUUCAGGCAACCUCAUUAUGAUUUGAAACUUUGUAUACCGGAACCUCACUGAGAUGGAUGUGCAAUAAAUUAACAAUGCCACUGUAAUGGAGUGAGGACUACAUCAUAAACAAUGCACUGACUGAUAUUUGCCAUAAAUAAUAAAAGCAAUGGCCAUGCAAGCUUAUAUAUUUUUUAGAAUAAGGCAGUAGCAUACUGAUCAAUUAGCAAGUAAUGCUUCUGGCAUUAUAAUAAAGAAAGAAUAGUGUUUGCUCUGUUAUUGUAUUACUGUUGCUGCUUUGUGAACUGUAAGCACUGACUGCUGUAGUAAACUAAUAACAGGGAGAGAGAGUGGAAUGUGAUA